UCAGGACCAGGCGAGUUUUUCGGACGGCUCUGUGGAGGAGGAUUUCAGACACAGCGGGGAUAUGAACGCACCGCGGCUGGAGAACAUGCAGCAGACUUUAGCGGGAACGCUUGGCGCAAACGUGUAGAGGAGCCUGAUUUUAUUCCGGACUGAACCCGAACAUGUUCUAGACGCGUUUGAGGUUCCGAUCGCGGAGUUCUGCAGGGUCUGUGGAGAGACUGAGCGGCUCUCGUCCCGGUUCAGCAGCGCCGGUUCGGCGGGACGCACUGGAGCCUGUGCGCUCAGAGAGAGAGGAGUGCGUAAAAAUAACAUUGGCUAAGACGCGCUCCAUUCCGCGGGCGCGCUGACAUUUCAAACGCCAGUUUGGGUGUUUGACAGAAUCCGAGCAGGCUUUGGAAACCGUGCCAUACCAUCCUAUCCCGUUGCCAUGGUGACCCGCCGAAAAGUCCGAUGAGGAUAAAGUUUUGCAGCGCACUUGGCACGCCUCAGCUGAGCGAGUAUCCCUGAAAACAGACAGCCCAUGUCCCAUGUCAUUCCGGGCCACGCGGCCGUCUAUUAAAAGAUCUCGCUAUUUAUGCGCGGGUGUGUGAAGGCCAACUCCACUCCGCAGACAGACAGAAGACGAGUCAUGGGCAGCAUCACCCGCGCUUUGCCGCUGCUACUGCUGCUCCUGUGCGCGCAAGGCGCCGCGGCCCAGCACAACCUGCGCCUGAGGCCCUCGCCCAGCGAGCAUCUGCCGGUCCCCGACCUCAAAGAGGACCCCGAUCCGGAGCACGAUCCGCGCGAGCAGGACCUCUCGGAGAAGACGCUGCGCAAGAAGCUAGGCAGCAACUUCGACCCCAGCUUCAUGUCCAUCCACCUGCCCACGCAGCUAAACGCCAGCGCGCUUCCGGAGCUGCCGCGCCUGCCCAUGCCCGCCGACCUCAAGAAGCUGAACCUGACGGAGACGCCGUACGGCAGGCGCGUCAAGGUGGGCAAGAAGGCGCGGCGGAAGUUUCUGCAGUGGCUGUGGAUGUACACGCACUGUCCGGUGCUGUACACCUGGAAGGACCUGGGCGCGCGUUUCUGGCCGCGCUACAUCAAGGAGGGUAACUGCUUCAGCGAGCGCUCGUGCUCCUUCCCCGAGGGCAUGUCCUGCAAGCCGGUCAAGUCGGUGACCAAGACCCUCCUGCGGUGGUACUGCCAGGGCUUCCUGCGGCAGAAGUACUGCACGUGGAUAUCAGUGCAGUACCCCAUCAUCUCCGAGUGCAAGUGCUCCUGCUGAGCAGAGAGAGAGGGGGGCUAUCGAUUGGGAAUGAUUGCACUGUUUACCCACGGACAGAGACGUGUGGCGCCACAUAGC